GUGUGGCAUAAACCUGGCUGCCAUGGUGCCAUCAGAAUGUGGGCGUGUCCCCAUGACGCCACAGGGUGGGGGAUCACAUGUGUCUUCUUUUCCUAAUGAAGAUCUCCCCAGGAACAGAUUGAUCAGCCUGCCUUCUUUCGAUAUAGUUGUCCUGUUAAUCAUGUUGCUGCCUCCUCUGAGCAUCCUGUUGGGAUUGGCUGCCAGCUGUUCAUCCUUAGAUAAUGGUUUACUAAGAACUCCACCAAUGGGCUGGCUGCCUUGGGAACGUUUUAGAUGCAAUACCGAUUGCAAAACUGAUCCUGGAAACUGCAUCAGUGAGAACUUGAUCAAAAGUAUGGCAGACAAGAUGGCAGAAGAUGGAUGGAAGGAGCUGGGUUAUGAAUAUGUGAACCUUGAUGACUGCUGGUCUGCAAAGGAAAGGGAUUCCCAGGGCAGGCUUCAGCCAGACCCAGAUAGGUUUCCAAGUGGUAUUAAAGCCCUUGCUGAUUAUGUACAUUCCAAAGGGCUGAAAUUUGGAAUUUAUAGUGACAUGGGUAACUAUACCUGCAACGGUUACCCUGGGACCACACUGGACACCAUUGAUAUAGAUGCCAAAACAUUUGCAGAAUGGGAAGUUGACAUGCUGAAGCUUGAUGGCUGCUAUUCCAACUCAUCUGUUAAAGCAAUAGGCUACCCAAAGAUGAGCAUUGCUCUGAAUAAAACAGGAAGACCCAUCGCUUACUCAUGUAGCUGGCCAGCCUAUGAAGGAGGGCUUCCCCCAAAGGUAAAUUAUACUGUACUUGGUGAAAUUUGUAAUCUCUGGAGAAAUUUUGGUGACAUACAGGAUUCCUGGAAAAGUGUUUUAAAUAUUAUUGAGUGGUAUGGAAAUAACCAGGAUAAACUGCAACCUGCAGCUGGCCCAGGAAGAUGGAAUGAUCCAGAUAUGCUGAUUAUUGGUAACUUUGGCCUGAGUUAUGAGCAGUCAAAAGUACAGAUGGCAUUGUGGGCAAUCCUGGCAGCCCCUCUCUUUAUGUCCAGUGAUUUAAGGACUAUUUCUGAGGAUGCCAAGUACAUCUUGCAAAACAAGCUGUUGAUUUAUAUAAACCAAGAUUCUCUGGGGAUUCAGGGACAGCGCAUUAUACAGGGUCUGUGGGUUGAUCAUAAUAUAUGCUUAGAGUGCUCUUAAGCUCUAGAGAGAGUCCCAAGAAUCUCAAAAGAUGGAUGUGUGUGUGGGGGGGGAGUUGAUCAGUUCAUUUUACUAUCAUAUCUAGUAUGAGCACCUGAACUCUGCUCCACACAUAAAAUGGGAAAACUAGUAUUUUAUAGCAUAACCAUCAGCAACUGCUGCUAUGGUACAUACUCUUCACCUCUGCCUAUGUUGGUCUCUACCCACACAUCCUGCCAUAAGUUUCAGGAUUGCCACAUUACUGAGAUGUCUCAAUCUCUUAAUAGUUACACAAAGCAAAAUAUGUGUACAUUCUAGCCCUGUCAAUUUUAGGAGCUGAUUUUGUUAAACACACAAAUGUUCUCUCUUCAGGGUGAAAAAGUAGCUGGAAACUUACUAUAAUCUUACUAGAUGCAGUGUCAUAUGGUAUUCCUAAUUAAGUAAACAAUCCCACUGACCUCAAUAGAGUUGACACAGUGGUGUUACAUGGAUGCAGUAGGAAGGAAUUACAUAACCUUUAGCUGCUGAAAAAUGCCAACCAUCCUCAUCAACAGGUGGGAGAAAUUGAUGGGGCUGGUAGUGAAAGAGGGACAGUCCCAGUAGCAAUGGAGGGAGACACUUCCCAAGGGACAACAGGUAGCUCCUCCCACUGAGAGUUUCUGGCACCCAUUGACCAGUUGGGAGAGAGGGGUGUUGAUUGGCCAGCAUUCCUCAUCUCCCACAAUUUAGCCCAGUGCAGGGACCACAUGGAGUCUCUUCCAGCUCCAUUCCAGCAGCCUCCCCUACCCACCCAAAAUGAGACUGGGAACCCAGCCUGACGGAUGCCUUGGGUCUAGCCAAUUAACUGUUUAGGGGGUCAGGAAGGAAUUUUUUCCCCCCACGGGCCAAUUGGCAGAGGACCAGGGAGUUUUUUGCCUUCCUCAGAGCAUCUUCAAGCCAUAGUGGGUUAAGCAGGAAUGCAUUUAGUUCCUAACUGUGGUAUUGGUUAUUCAUCACAACUUGCAGCCGAUUUCCAGUGCAGUUAAGAGAAUAAAAUGAAUGGUUCUGAAAGAUGAAAGACCUGAGAUUUUGGUGAUGGGCCUUGGGCUCAUAUAAGGUGAGACCAUGUGGCCUUUGUAGCCAAUGUCGUACCUAGUGGCCUUCCCAGGCUGAUGUCUCCACGCUGUUGCACUCUCUAUCCCCAAAUAUUGCAUAUGAUAGGCUAACACUGAGGUUUGAAGAGAAACUUCCCAAGAGCAGACAAACUUCCCGAGAGCAGACAAAUUCCUAACUAUUUAAGCCAAGUUCUUCUCUUGUUAAUGUUAGUACAACUGCACUAGAGUUACACAUCUGUCUUGCUGACUGUGUAAGAACUAUACGGAGCUUUUCCUAACUGCAAGCUACGCUCGCUGACAUCUGUGCCCUGAUUGAGCUGUAGGAAUAAUAAAAUGCAUCUGCUAAAUUUAAAAGUAACCGUGCCAUUCUGCUGGAGCUUUUCAUAUAGAGCACCUUUGCUUUCAGGAGAUAGAGAUUUGGAGCUGUUUAUUUGCAUAAAAGCAGGCUCUUGGGUCUUGUCAUUUUUUUCUAGCUAUUAGGGAACCUGCAUCGUUCUAAACAAAAGUAUCAGCAGCAAACUUUCUAGGCGACACUCCAGCUACUCAUCAGAUGGAAGAUGUAGGGCUUUAACAGCAGAGUACAACAGAAUAUAGGGCAGAAUUUGGUUCUGACUCUCUGGAAUGGCAAAUUAAUUUAGAAUCUACAAUCUAGAAUCACAUCAAGGAAAAAUGUCUUAUGUGAUAGCUUGAAUGAGACACUGGAUAAACAGAUCCCCUGAGUAAAAAGAGAUUAGAAGUAAGCAGAACUUUUGAUCAUUUUACUCACUAUGGAAAAUUAUUUAGAACUACUAGAAAGAUAGGUGGGUAAUCAUAUAGUGGACAAAGUGAAAGUAUAAACAUUCUUACAAAUUAAAUAUAGAAUUGUAUCUACACUGUAGCUGCACAGGCACAAAGCAGAACCAAGGAACUUCCUACAAUUGGCAUAUUGUUACAAUUUUUUCUUGACACUUAACAGCUUAAUUGGAAUAGAUACAGGCUCUAGGGCAAUGGAAAUUCCCCCCUCCCCCCAAGUAAAAAACUUACUUGUAGCACUCAAAUUGAAGUAAUCUAUUUCCCCUAUUUUUAGCAAUUUUCUAGUUCUACAAAGGCAAUAAAACUUUUUAAAUGUAGAAAAAGCAGGAUCAUUAUGUAAGAUAGUUGCAAAAAAAAUGUGCACAAAACCAGCACGGAUGCUGUUUCAAAAUAUAGUAGAUGCACAAAAUCAGCAACGCUAGAAAUGAAUACUGGAGCAUGCACGCAUCCAGCACCAACACCUACUGAUUGGGAGAACAUUCGGGUCAACCUGGACAACAUAUAAAGAUCUAUGUGUGCCAUUCAGUUCUUUCACAAAGCUAUCUGGCCAUGGCUUCAAGUUUUAAAAGCUAGUCUGUCAGAAUCAGAGAUCAUUUACUCAUUUUACUACCUUGUACCUUCACUUAUUCUGGGAGAAAGUUAUAAAUUAUUCCCCCACAAAAGAUGCUCUUUAUUAAUAAGCAUAAGUGUCCAUUACACAACAAAAUUAAUCACAAGAUUAUAAAAAAGCUGUAUUGAUAACAGCUUGCUUACAUUUUUAAAACACCUGGAAAAGUCAGCAUUUUGAUCCCUGCAUAUCUUCCAUUGUUACAUACAAAUGUGAGCAGAUUUAUGUUCCCAAACACAGCAAGAUGUAAUAUUUUCUUAAGACAGGCUCAUUUGGCUGUAAGAGGUUCAGGGCAGGCUCUUGUCUACAGUACCUAAGGGUAUGUAUACACAGCAAUAAAACACCAGCCACUGGCCCUGGUCAGCUGACUUGGGCUUGCAGGGUUCAAGCUGAGGGGCUAUAAAAUUGCAGUGUAGACAUUGAGCUCUGAGACCCCAGGAGGGAGGAGGGAUCCAGAGCCUGGGCUCUAGCCCAAGCCCAAACAUCUACCCUGCAAUUUUAUAGCCCUGAGAGCCUGAGUCAACUGACAUGGGCCAGCCACAGGUGUUCUACUGCAGCGUAGAUGUAUCCUUAGAUACUUUUAGUUGCAGUAUAAGUAACAUCUGGAAUCCAAUGAAUCCCUAAAGCAGCACCUCUCUCUUCUGUUCUCUGAGGGAAUUAAAAGCUAAGAGAGAAAGCCCAUAUUUUGUUCAUCUGCAUCAGUUCUGUACCCCCAUCACAUCUAUUUCAUAGGGCUUUCACUCAGCUUAAGUGCAAACUAAUAGUAGUACUACUUUUAAGUUUAUUAUAGUGGUGACAGUUUCUGUGAAUAGUAUUGUAAACACAAAGGGAUGUGUGUGACUUCCAUGUAUCCAGUUUCAGAAAUGAUGAUGCAAGGACAAUGAAAAUGAAUCCCCACAAUAUUCUUCUAUUUGACAGAGCCGUCAUUUUGAAGUAUGGAAGAGAAUCCUGUUCAACGGACAGUUUGCCGUAGCCGUGAUGAACAAUGGCACGGAUGGAAUGCCAAGACCUUUCACAACCAAUUUAGCACUACUGGGUAUCCUGGAUUGCAAGGAGGGAUACAAGAUAUAUAAUGUUUUGGAGCAAAUGUUCUUAGGAGAUUUUGCACUCAAUACAACUAUUAACAUAAAAGUUACUCCAACGGGUGUAGUCUUGCUGUUUCUCAGGCCUUUGUGUUCUGUCACCUACUUUACAAAACCAAUUUUGAGAACCCAAGCAGUUGAACUGCAAUAAAGAGAUGUUAACUAGGGUAAUUACAAUGGAGUUCUCUGUGGAUGGGAGCAAAGAUACAGGAGCUUUGAAUCAGAGAUAUUUAGUAUCAGGUGCAUUAUCUAAAAUACAUUUGAAAUGGCUGUCAUCUUUCAACUAGCACUAGACAAAUGAGAUCUUGAAGCUGCUUGAACUGCUAUUGUGGGUUCUAUAUUAACAUAUAUCCGGAGGAAUAUGUUGAAGGUGAGCCUGCAGAAGGGAAGAAAAACAGCACUUUCAAACAGUACAAAACCAAGUGGCUGAUCUUUGUUUUUUCAGGAACAUCUUGUUUUAAAAAUGAGAUUUCUCUUUUUACAAAAAAAAACC